GCGGGCCGCUUCCUCUGUGCGCUCGUGUGGUCUGCCAAGAUGGCGCCGAAGCAGAAAGAUAAAAAGCCCAAGAAAUCAACCUGGAGGUUUAAUUUGGACUUCACUCAUCCUAUGGAAGAUGGGAUUUUUGAUUCUGGAAAUUUUGAACAGUUUCUCCGGGAGAAGGUUAAAGUCAAUGGCAAAACUGGCAAUCUGGGGAAUGUUGUUCACAUUGAACGCUUCAAGAACAAAAUCACAGUAGUUUCUGAGAAACAGUUCUCUAAGAGGUAUUUGAAAUACCUCACCAAGAAAUACCUUAAGAAGAACAAUCUGCGUGAUUGGCUUCGUGUGGUUGCGUCUGACAAGGAGACCUAUGAACUUCGUUAUUUCCAGAUUAGUCAGGAUGAUGAUGGAUCCGAGUCUGAGGAUUAAUGUGGGCCUCCCCUACUUUCCAUACUUGGGAAGUACUCGCUAGAAAGAAGCAUCCAGGAAUAGAUUACUUUAUUGGCCAAAUAAAAAUUGUGUUCUUAAA